AUGGCUGAGCAGUACAUCGAAGUGGAUCCUGAUCCCCCGGAGCCAUGCCAGUCACAUGAGCCAAACUCAGAGACGACCUCUCUUGCGGCAUCGAUCUAUCAUGGAGUGACUGAAAAUGGCAGACGGUACCAGACAACUCGAGAAGGCGAUUACUGGGGGCCAUGCGAUGCCCAGCAAUUCGAAAGUCAAGAAGUCGGCCACACAAUCUGUCAACUAUUGGACACCAACACCGACAACCAAUUCUUUCAGGCUCCUGUUGAAGACCCGAAGCACAUCCUAGACAUGGGAACUGGGAAAGGGAGUUGGGCCGUCGACGUGGCAGACAGAUACCCGACGGUAAGACGCUCCGGUCUAUUCCAAAAACGUUUACCGACAAAAAGAGCAGCAAUUAUCCGCGGCGUUGAUCUAUACCCCCCGCCCACCGAAUGGGUGCCCCCGAACUGCUAUAUGGAAGUCGAAGACCUGUUGUUGAGCUGGACGUGGCGAUCCCCGUUUGAUCUGAUCCACCUCCGGUUUAUGACGGGCUCAUGGACGCCAGAAGACUGGAAUACCAUUUACAAGCGCUGCUACGACAACCUCGCACCAGAGGGCUGGAUCGAGCAGCUUGAGAUCGACCCACAGAUCCGAUGCGACGACGACAGCCUCCCGCCGAACGCGAGCAUCCGCUACCUAGUCGCCGCAACGACAGAGGCGGGUAGCAACUGGAAUCACCACCUUGACACAAGCGAGACAAUGCGGGCGUCGAUCGAAAAUGCUGGCUUCAUUGAUAUCAGAGAAAAGUCCUAUCGAUGGGCCAUUGGGCCAUGGCUCAACGACGCUCGUUCCAAGGAAGCCGGACGGCUUCACUACUACCAGUGGCUGUCUGGGAUGGAGGGGUGGGUGUUGAGGUUCCUGACCCAGUGGGCCAGACCGGAGCCGUGGACACAGGAGGAAGUGCAGGCCUUGUUGGACAAAGUGCGGGAGGAACUGGGAAACCCUGAGUACCACAUGUAUCAGAACGUACGACGGGUCUGGGCCCGCAAACCAACAGAAGCAGAGUUCAAUCUCAGAGAAACGGAGAUUAUUACGCUGGAUGAUUUGGAAGCCAACGUGUCGCCUUCGCGGCAUUGGUGGUGGAGAUAG